CGUCGUCCUCCCGGCACACCCCAAACCAAAAAAAAAAAAAAGACAAAAAAUUCAUAGAAUCUUUGAUUAUUCAAUCGAAUUCUUCCAAACGAUCUCUCGAAAAAAAUAUUACUAGUAGCACUUCGUGGUCACCACCACUGGCACUACCUAAUCAUAAUUCAUAACCAUCGGUUUAUAUAUAACGCAUGGAUCAAUCAUCCUCUUUGUCCAUGCAUUGACUUUUUUCUUUCUUCCUGUUCCUAGAUCGGGGAGUAGAAGAAUAAUUAUAUGGAAAUUUAGGGGUUUGAGAUUCGAAAAUCGAGACGAUGGAGAUGCGUUGGGGUUUGAUAUCGACGAUGAUUGUGUUGGGUUUCGGGUCGGGUAUGGCGGAUGAAUCGGGUCAAAGGGCACCGUAUCGGAUCCAUACGCUCUUCUCGGUGGAAUGCCAGAACUACUUCGAUUGGCAGACGGUUGGUCUGAUGCACAGCUUCAAGAAAUCCCGACAACCCGGUCCGAUUACCCGGUUAUUGAGCUGUACCGACGAAGAGAAGAAGAAUUACAGAGGCAUGGACCUCGCUCCCACUUUCCAUGUCCCCUCUUGGAGCAGACAUCCUAAGACCGGUGACUGGUACCCAGCAAUUAACAAACCCGUUGGAGUUCUUCACUGGCUUCAGCACAGUGAAGACGCCAAGAAUGUGGAUUGGGUCGUUAUUCUUGAUGCUGACAUGAUCAUUAGAGGUCCUAUCAUCCCUUGGGAACUCGGUGCAGAGAGGGGAAGACCUUUUGCUGCACAUUACGGCUACCUGGUGGGCUGCGAUAACAUCCUUGUGCGUUUGCACACUAAGCAUCCUGAACUCUGUGACAAAGUUGGCGGUCUUCUCGCUAUGCAUAUCGAUGAUCUUCGCGUCUUGGCCCCUCUUUGGCUAUCAAAGACGGAAGAUGUUCGCCAAGAUACAGCUCACUGGGCCACCAAUAUUACCGGAGAUGUCUACGGUAAAGGUUGGAUCAGUGAGAUGUAUGGUUACUCCUUCGGUGCUGCAGAAGCAGGACUUAAGCACAAGAUUAACGACGACCUGAUGAUAUAUCCCGGAUAUGUUCCACGAGAAGGUGUCGAGCCUAUUCUUCUGCAUUACGGGUUGCCUUUUUCCAUUGGGAACUGGUCUUUCACUAAACUGGACCACCACGAAGACAAUAUAGUCUAUGACUGCAACCGUCUCUUCCCCGAGCCUCCAUAUCCAAGAGAGGUGAAGAUGAUGGAGCCUGAUCAGUACAGGCGAAGAGGUCUUAUCUUGAGUCUGGAAUGUAUGAAUACAUUGAACGAGGGACUCAUACUGCGUCACGCAGAAAACGGGUGUCCUAAACCCAAGUGGUCCAAAUACUUGAGCUUUCUGAAGAGCAAAACUUUCAUGGAGUUAACAAAGCCUAAACUGCUUGCUCCAGGAAGUGUACAUAUCUUGCCAGACCAACACGAGCCGACGCUACCCGUUGAUGAAUUCAAAGGAGGUUAUCCAAAGAUCCACACAUUGUUUUCCACCGAGUGCACAACUUAUUUCGACUGGCAAACAGUUGGGUUCAUGCACAGUUUCAGGUUGAGCGGUCAGCCCGGAAACGUCACCCGGCUUCUCAGUUGCACAGAUGAAGGUCUUAAAAAGUAUAAAGGUCAUGACUUGGCCCCGACGCAUUAUGUGCCUUCGAUGAGCAGACAUCCUCUCACAGGCGAUUGGUACCCGGCAAUCAACAAACCGGCGGCGGUUGUUCAUUGGCUUCACCACACGAAUAUCGAUGCAGAGUACAUAGUAAUUCUUGAUGCUGACAUGAUCCUCCGAGGACCCAUCACUCCUUGGGAGUUUAAGGCAGCUCGAGGCCGACCAGUUUCAACUCCUUACGACUAUCUUAUCGGAUGUGACAACGACCUUGCAAGACUUCACACGCGUAAUCCCGAGGCUUGUGAUAAAGUUGGUGGAGUCAUUAUAAUGCACAUAGAGGAUCUCCGGAAAUUCGCAAUGUACUGGCUGCUUAAAACCCAGGAGGUUCGAGCAGACAAAGAACACUACGGAAAGGAGUUAACCGGAGAUAUCUAUGAAUCCGGUUGGAUCAGCGAAAUGUACGGUUAUUCUUUCGGUGCUGCAGAGCUGAAUUUGCGGCAUAUCAUAAACAAAGACAUAUUGAUUUACCCCGGUUAUGUUCCUGAACCGGGUGUUGACUACCGAGUUUUCCACUACGGCCUUGAGUUCAAAGUAGGGAAUUGGAGCUUCGACAAGGCAAAUUGGCGGAACACCGAUCUGAUCAACAAAUGCUGGGCCAAGUUCCCCGACCCGCCCAGUCCUUCGGCAGUCCAUCAAACAGACAAUGAUCUACGGCAAAGAGACCUUCUCAGCAUUGAAUGUGGACAGAAACUAAACGAAGCUCUGUUUCUGCAUCACAAGAGAAGGAAUUGCCCUGAACCUGGAUCUGAACGGAGCGAGAAUAUCUCGGGUUUGAGAAAAGUUGGUAAAUUUGAAACGAAACAAGCGCAAGGAAGCGAUGAUACCAAAGAAACAACGGCGGAUUCGUCCGAGUCGGAAGAAGGGAGAUUCAGCACGUUGAAGUUAUGGGUGAUCGCUCUGUGGUUGAUCUCUGGAGUAGGGUUCUUAAUAGUGAUGCUUUUGGUGUUCUCAACUCGUAAAGUUAAAGGAACAACAAGAGGGAAAGGUUACAGAAACAAGAGACGAACUUCGUACUCGAACACAGGUUUCUUGGACACGAAUGAUCGAGAUAGAAAAAAGAUGGCACCCGAAGCCAAGCUGAACCAGGAAACGAAAAGCAGCAAGUGAUAACGAAAGCACCCUCCAGUUUGCAUUAAUUUAAUUUUUGUUGAUGUAACUAAAGAUUCAUUUUGAUAUUUUAAAUUAUGUAACCAUGUAAUAUC